AUGAGAAAUGGUCCUGGGCACGACGAUAUGCUUCACGAUUUUUGCGGCACUAUCACAUACAUGGCACCUGAGAUGGUGACGACCAAGUCAUACAGUCAACAGUGCGACGUCUGGUCUAUGGGUGUAAUAAUGUACGUUCUCCUGACUGGCAAAUUUCCAUUUUUUUCGAACAAUGAACUGCAGUUGUACAAACUCAUUACUACAGCGGAUGUCGAUUACUCCGUUCUCCAGUGUUCUAAUGAAGGGAAACAUUUACUCAGUAAACUGCUGGAGAGGAAUCCUGCUUUUCGAAUAACGGCUGCUGAAGUCAAUCAUCAUCCUUGGAUAUCGGGAGCAUCUGGACACGUGAGUACAGAGUCGUCGAAUGUUUUGGAUAUGAUGAGACUCUGGAAGGAUGAAAUGUCGGUGCGUAGAGCAACAACUUCCACGCAGACUGAGGAAAGAGACAACCUACCAAGAAUCAGUGAACGAGACUCUGAAAUCGAUGACAGUUCAAUAUCUAUUACUGCAAAUGUAUCCGGAAGUUAUUCUAAUAAAUCACGAAGAAGAUUGUCGUCUCGUUUACCAGAUUACAGUUGGGUUCCACCGAAAAUCGACACAAAUCUAUCAAAUUCUCAGCGCGAAGCAGUGCGAAAAAAAGUGUUGAAAAAUCGAUUAACUAAUUUCAGUAAAGAAUAA